AUGCAUCAAUCAAUCUUCACCAUCCUCUCCAUCACGACACUCGCUCUCUGCAACGCAACUCCAACUACAGCGCCUACAACCACAGCUCCUCCAUCCUUCAGUAUCCCAUGUGUAGUUGGCAACAACCAGCCAUGUCCAACAUCAUGGGCAUGCACUCCAACUGAGACUUGCACACCAGGGCACCGGUGCGGUGGUCUCUGCUUCACACCUCCGCCCAUCGCCACCGUCAUCCCCUGCACCAUGGGAGACAACUGCCGUUGUCCUGAUAGCAGCACCUGCACGCCUACAAUGAUUUCCACUCCUGGGCAACCCUGGGGAGGACAGUGCAUUGCCACGGGUCCAGCACAGGGUGGUCUACCGCCUUGCCAAGUUGGCCGGAGAAACCAAUGUUCAACGGGGAGCAUUUGUACUCCAACCAUGUCUUGUUCCAAGGGCCAUCGCUGCGGAGGGCUUUGCAUUGCUACCGGGCUGCCGCCGAUUACAUCCUGCGUCAUGGGGAAUAACUCUCCAUGUGCGCCAUCGAGCACUUGUACGCCGACUAUGAUGUGCACGCCUGGGUCUCCCUGUGGAGGGCAGUGUAUUUAG